AUGAAACUCCUAGCCUUCAACUUGCUCCUACUUUUUCGACUCGGAGCUGCGGGAAGUACUUCAUCACAAACUCUAGAUAGGGUAUGCAAGACCAUUGCACAAUCACUUUCUACCACAGACUCCGUGUUUUAUCCCGGAGACCCGGAAUAUGACUCUGGAAUUGCUCACUGGGCAACAUCUAGCACGCAGCUUUCAAAAUGCGUUGUUGAGCCUACCAAUCCUACAGAUGUUGGCAAAAUACUCGUAAUUUUAGGAAAGACGAGGACCCCAUUUGCGAUCAAGAGCGGUGGUCAUGCUACUAACAAAGGGUUUUCGUCGACGACUGGUGUUCAUAUCUCUCUCACCCGGUUUAAAGGGAUUACAUACAAUGCUACAUCAGCCACGGUGGACGUCGGACCUGGGCUUGUAUGGGAUGAUGUCUACGCCGCUCUUGAGCCGUUUGGGGUCUCCGCAUUAGGUGCCAGAGUGACGGGUAUUGGUAUUGGUGGAUUCCUGUUAGGAGGAGGCUAUUCCUGGCAAUCAAAUGAGCAUGGGCUGGCGAUUGAUAAUAUCAUCGCGUUUGAACUUGUUAAGCCAGAUGGAAGAGUUGCUAUUGUUACCAAGGCAUCAGAUCCCAAACUUUUCUUCGGAUUAAAGGGUGGAAUGAAUAACUUUGGAAUAGUGACCAAAUUUACAUUAAAGACGUUUCCGCAAGGGCAGGUUUGGGGAGGGUUUGUGGCCAACUUGGAGGCUUCUGUACCCGACCUUGAGGCAGCCAUCGUGAACUUCCAGGCGACUGUCACAGAUCCAAAAGCUUCAAUUGUUAUGGCUUGGAAUUACCUACCUAGCCUGCAACAGAUUGCUGUAUCACAACUUCUCUUCUAUAACGGACCUACACCACCUCCGGGGAUGUUCGACGCUUUCCUGCGCCCUCCAGUUUUUGAAAGCGAUAUUUCUACACGAAGCUUUUUAUCUCUCAUACAGGCAAGCCCGACCGAUGCGUCUGGCGGUGUUCGGACCUUCUUUAACGGGUUCCCCGUCCUAAAUCUGACCGCUAAUCUUUCGCAUGUGCUCGUCAAUGAAACCAAGUUCUGGGGACCAGUAUUAGCCAGCAAAAGUGCAAUCACCAUAUCUUACUCGAUGGAAAUGUUCCAACCGUCCAUCUAUUCUCACAAUCCUGACCCGACAGCAUACCCUCCUUCACGCAAACUAUUCUCCCAGCCGUUUGAGAUGGCAUAUGCAUGGAACUCGUCGGAUUUUGAUGCGGAUAUGCAUGCAGCUGCUAUUGCUAGCGCGGCACAUAUUCAGCAAGCCGCAAUUGCUGAGGGGCAGAUUCAGGUCGUCAACGCCCCUAUCUAUCCUAACUAUGGAUUGGCUGGAACUCCGAUAGAAAAGAUAUACGGACGGAAUGUCCCAGCUCUCCGUGCACUGAAAAAUAGAGUGGACCCUCACGAUGUUAUGGGGCUUGCAGGGGGCUGGAAGUUUUAG